AUGGCGCUCUCUGAGGAUGUCAAGAAAGCUGUGGAUGAGGAGGUCGACGGCGGUCGGAGUCUGGCGGUGGACGACGACGAGGGUGAGCAGCGCAACCCUGUGAAGCGGCUCAAACUGAUGUUCCGCGUUGCUGAUGAUGGUGUCUCAAGAUUCCGGAUCGGAAAUCCGCAAACCACGCCCGGUUCUGAGAUUCAUGGGCAGCGUAGGAUUGUGAUUAGAGAGAGAGUUGCAGAAACAGCGUCCGGUUCUGAGAGACGUCCUCCCAGAAAGGUGAUCACCAUUAGAAGAAGAGUUGCGGAAACAAUGUCCAAUCCUCGGAGACGUGGGGGACAGGUGAUCAUUAUUCGAAACAGACUUCCACGAGUUCCAGCCGAUGCCACCCUUUUGGCAUUGUGUUUCUGA